GCUAUGGCUGACAAACAACCGAUGGCAGAGCAUGUUGAUGUCCUGAAACAAUUUGUUGACAAUUUACAGCUUGUUAUUGUUCAGAUUCAAGAUGAUCACAGUUGCAGGCCAGAAGAUGAUGAUGCUACACCCUUUGAUGUGGAUGCAUACUGGACCAGGUUAGGUGCGAUAUACAGAGGUUUGUCGGCUGAAGCAACCAAGUUAUCUUUAGCUUUUUCAUCCCCACCACCACCAACAAAAAAGCAAUGUGAGCCGCUGCUCGGAUCUCUGCAAGGAGUCAUCUUGGCGUUGGUGUCGGCCUACUAUUCCCUCCCUCUGUCACAAGGGUUGACGUUGCGGAAAGCUCUACAGAAUUCAGUCUUGGAGAUCGUUCAACAGGUGAAAAGUCUUGUUCAGAAUGUGGCUCACUUCACCGCAGGGUCAUCUGAACAGCUGCAGACAACAGGUCAAGUCUGGCAACAGGCUGACUCAUUCCCAUCCCUGCCUAAAGACAAUAAAGAGGCCAGUCUGGCUGUUGUUGCCGACACCUCGGAGCUUGUUACUGAUGCUCUGCAGGAACUACAUGAGGCUGUGCACUGUGAAGAAGUGGCUGAUUUUAACGAGAUGCAGGAGAGAGCUGACGACGAACCAGAGGUGUCAUGGAGCGCAGAAGACAAAACUCUUGUCGUGUCGUGUACCGGUCUCAUCAAAACCGUCAAGUCACUGCUCAAGAAGACUGAGUCAGCAGUCAAGUCCCAGGGCAGCUGUCAAUCCAAGAUGGCCGUCGAGGUGCUGGACAAGGUGGUGGAAGCUGUGAUCAGACUGAGUCCGCUAGUUGAUGAUUUGGCGGCCAGUCUGUAUCCACCCAUUUCAGAUGAAGUAGUGAGAGAACAUAGCAACACACUAUCGUCAGAAAUUGCAAACCAUCUUAGUUUUAUGAGAUAUUCCUAUCUGACAACAGAAGAUGACGAACAGUGGAUUGAUUUCUUGAUGAAGGCGAAUGAACACAAUCUGAACAAGAUUGUAAAACUAACAUCCAAUGCCCCUUGAUACAUGAACACACUCUGAACAAGAUUGUAAAACUAACAUCCAAUGCCCCUUGAUACAUGAACACACUCUGAACAAGAUUGUAAAACUAACAUCCAGUGCCGAGUGAUAUGCAAACACAGGGUGUUAAAACUAUGCUUGGUGUGAUAUUUGCGUCAUGUUGCAGCAAAACCUUGUUUUUCUUAAAGUGAUGCAAAUGGAUAUACAGUGAUAUCUCUCAAUACUGGACCCUAUGUAAACUGAAAUUCUCCAAAAAACAGACUUUUUAUCCAUAUAACCAUAAAUAAAAAAUAUGUUGAGUGUAUAGUUCAAUCAAACAUUUCUUCCUUCCUUGUUCUGUCCCAGCAACGGGUAUAUGUGUUCACAUCUGGGGAUGGGUACAUAAAAAGAUUCCUUGCUGCAGUUCUUUAGGAGUAGCCUGUGUGGUGGUUUUACUAUUUCAACCAAGUUAGCAAGUUUUCUCUUACUAUUUAUUUUAACCAAGUGUGCAAGUUUUCUCUUUUACUGUUACAACCAAGUGUGCAAGUUUUCUCUUUUACUGUUACAACCAAGUGUGCAAGUUUUCUCUUUUACUGUUACAACCAAGUGUGCAAGUUUUCUCUUUUACUGUUUCAACCAAGUGUGCAAGUUUUCUCUUUUACUGUUACAGCCAAGUGUGCAAGUUUUCUCUUUUACUGUUAAACCAAGUGUGCAAGUUUCCUGUUUUACUGUUUCAACCCAGUGUACAAGUUUUCUCUUUUACUGUUUCAACCAAGUCAGCAAGUUUUCUCUUUUACUGUUUCAACCAAGUGUAUAAGUUUUCUCUUUUACUGUUUCAACAAAGUCAGCAAGUUUUCUCUUUUACUGUUUCAACCAAGUCAGCAAGUUUUCUCUUUUACUGUUUCAACCCAGUGUACAAAUUUCCUCAUUUACUGUUUCAACCCAGUAUACAAAUUUUCUCUUUUACUAUUUCAACCAAGUCAGCAAGUUUUCUCGUUUACUGUUUCAACCAAGUGUGCAAGUUUCCUCAUUAACUAUUUCAACCAAGUGUGCAAGUUACCUCAUUAACUAUUUCAACCAAGUGUCUGCAAGUUUCCUCAUUAACUAUUUCAACCAAGUGUUAAAAUGAAUCUAAAGAAAAAAACCUUUAUCUGUGAUGAAGACCGUAUCUCCACACAAUGCAGAGUUGAAUGGUCAUUAACCAGUCUACAUGUAUCUAGUGCCUCAUUUAUAGGAAAAAAGCCACUCCUACGGUGAUCCUUUACUGGUCAAUACACCCAUUUGACCACCACAAAGAGGACUGCUACUAUGACUAGUUUACUCAAUUAAGACUAGCACAGAGCAGAGGUCAUUCAGGGCUAGCUCUUGGUAAGUAAAACCAUUCGUAAAAUUAUCUUUAAAUAUGCAAAAUCCACUGUUAUUUUUUUCAACAAUAUACCAAUUAUUACAUGAAAUGUUUUCGCCAAUCGUUCCUGACAUUUGUAAUUGGCGAAUUUGGCGAAUGGCAGAGCUAGCCCUGUGACAUUGGAAUAAAUAUAGCCAAAAAUCUUAGUUUAAAAUGUGCUACGGCGGCGUUAAACAAAUUCUUUUCCUUUCUUCAGUUGGAGACCUAUCGGGUAAAAAUCCACGACAACAAAUUUUCAUAUAACAAUACGUUUAUUUUCUUAUAUGUGCACAUCCGUAAGUUAUACAUUUUCUCAUACUAGUAGGAUAGCAAGAAUAUCGAAAGGGGGAAGGAAAUCGAAUUUCUUAUACAAUAUUCAACAAGUCAUUUGUGCUGGAAGCAACAAGCCUUAGAGCUGUAAAGUCAAGAGAUAUUUUUAGUACAUUGACAGAACCAAGAUAAUUUAAUCUUGUUAUAUACCUAUAAGCUUAUCUUGAAAUCUUUAUUAAAAUAGUUUUUGUAGUUAUAUACCUAUAAGCUUAUCUUGAAAUCUUUAUUAAAAUAGUUUUUGUACACUGUACUUUUGAUCAGUUCACCAAAACAAAUUCCUGUGAUUCACGGGUUACAGGAGACUGACAUUAUCUCGAUCGGAUACAUCUAUAUUUUUGCCUGCUUCAGCUACAUAAAUGUUGAGUCAGCUUACAUAUCAUACCACCAGAUAUUGAGUGGGAAAACUAAGGGGUCGGCGUAUCCAUUGAGUAGGCCAAUACAUGGCGAUAUACAGUAAUUUGUAGCCACCUUCACUUUCUGAUAAGCCAAGUGGUACCACGUGAAAAAUGUCAUAUUCAGUAUGUCUUCUACUAACAGAGGUAGAAACGUAACACUAGCCCCUCACCCCAGACAAACAGAAAUUACUGGAGACCAGUAUAAUUUAAAUGAUGCCAGUCCCACAGGCCAGUUAAAUAUGUUUCAGUGUAAUUAUUAUGCUGUAAUUGUUUUUUUUUCUUUAGAAUAAGCCACAAAUGAUAUAUAUGAACAAUUUUAUAUACAGAUCUCCUUUCUGUCUCAUCUAGAACACUAUUUAUUGCAAAUAAUUUAAAGCUUGAACCAUUGAUUCAAACUUGUGUAGGCAUUAUUCCUAGAUCCAGUGCUACAUAUACAGCUAUUGUUGUCUAUAAUCUUAAGAUAUUUAAAAAUUAUUUGCAAUAAACAAUGAGUUCAGGACAGAACGAAAAGGAGACCCUUUUUAAAAAUGGCCCAUAUUUAUUUGUCAGUCACAUGGCUUCCAACAAAUAAUUGGGGGAGGUGGGGUAGACCCUUUGACCAAUGGAAAUACAUUGUAUAUUGUAAUUUCUAUACUGUACUAAACAUGUGUUACUUUCAGUUAAAGUUUGCCCAUGUCAGAAUCUGUGCCAUAAGUCGGAUCUCAUGUCUUGGCAGGAAUGCCCGACUAUUAUUUGAUAUUAUCCUGUAUCAGUGUACCCCGGUCUUAUAGUAACAUACCUGGAUAAUGUUUUAAUGUUCUAAUUGCCUACAUUUCAUUCUUUUUCUUGGAGAGUAUGCAAAUACUUUGUAAAAAUUAUAUCUAAAAAUAAAUUAUAUUUAAAAAUG